AUUAGCUGUUCCUUCUCCAGGGGUUUAAAUUUUAUGCGUAGCUGUCUUUGAGGCAUUUGUCUUACUAAUGAAGUUGUCUGAUUUGCUCUUUUUAGUGUUUCAUUGUCUUCAGCUGGAGCAAUUUUGUACUGGUAGAUUUCUGAUCCACUUUCUAAGUUUUAUCUCAUUUUCUCCGACAUCAACAUUAACAAGCAAAAUUCUUUUUGGCUCGUGGGGUUGCUGAACUCUGACUUUUAUAAAAACAAUGGAAUUUUUUCAGCAUAAAAAUGAGGAGACAAGAAAUAAGGCUAGAGUAAAAAUAUAAAUAAUAGAAAAAGCAAAGAUGAGGCUCCAUACAAGGUCUUCUGAAUGUAUAAAAAUUUUCCCCAAUUGCUGAAACCUCUUGAAUUAUAGUGUGGGUUGAAAAUACAGUUUGCCUUCCUAAGUUUUACGGGAAUGCAGCAAAUCUAUAUAAUAUCCUUGGAGGUUUCCUUUGCCUGAUUUUGGAUCUGCAUUGUUUUUUUAUACGCCAUUAUACAACAGUUGGAUAAAGUCAAUGUUCUUAUUUUGUGUCCUAUGAAAAUGUCAGCAUACAAGUAAUUUUCUUGCACACUUCAGGUUAACUUGCAGCGUCAAGGUAGUUUAUAAUUGUGUAUUUUUACACUUAGAGCUACAGAUUUGCAGCUUCCUUGCAUUUGAAUUUGAGGUUAUAGUUUAAUAGUUCACUCCACGGUUUAAAAUCAUUCUCCUUUAAUUUGUUUUUAUUUGGAAUGCUAUUUCUUUACAUUUUCCAUUUUAGCUUCCUGAAUGCUUAGCUAAAACAUGACUGUUGCAUUAUUGAUAUAAAUGAAUAGACUUAAUUCUAAGGACAAGAGAAACACCAUUAAUGAUUCUGUGACUUGGUAUGCGAUUACAUCUUCUGAGUGUUCAAUUUAUACAUGUUACUGCCUUUGUGUUUUAUCAAUAAUUUGCUCAUAGUGUUUCAUUGUCUACUACUGAAAUGCCUGCAAGCAGAGUGCCUUGUAGCACUGAAUAUGGGACUGCUUGACCCUGAAGCUGGAUGAAAUUGUUUGCAACCUUUUGAAUGUUCGAAAGUUUUUUUGACACACCUAAAGUUCUUGAAUUAUCUUGAUAACAACGUUUACUGUAGUGAGGAAGUGGAUGCUCUUUGUUUUUGUCCUAGGGAAGCAUUACCUUUUGAAUAAUUUUCUUCUACUCUUUAGUGGAAAUUUUACCUAGAGGGGCUUUAAUGGUUGUUUAUGGUUGCACUGUUACAUCCAAAUCUACUUACUUUCCUGUUUUAAGCAAUCUAAUCCUUAUUAAAAAGGUCCUUAACUAAUAAAAUAAUUUUCUUAUUCUGCAAGUUUAAAUAUUGAGUUUCCUCAAUAUAUUAGAAAAAGACUUUUAUUCCUAUUAAACAACUAGGUUGGCCUGAUACUUGCACAUUACCCUCUCACUUCCUUGCAUAUAAUCACAGGUUUCAAUUUGAGUCUUUCUAAUUACUCAAGUAUUUGUUUCUUCUUCAUCUUCUCAAUGGAUAAUUGGGAAAACAAUCAAAUCACCUGUGGGAAGACUGAUGAAACUAUUAUCGUUGCUACUCUUUCUUGCGUGUUGAUAAACUUCGCUUGGAGAAUGGUAACAAGAUCAUCAUGCCUCAAUCUGCCCUUCAUCGACUUGCAUACACAAAUGUCAAUUACCCUCUAGAAUUUGAGUUAACUGAUCUUUGUUCUAGUAAAAUUACUCACUGUGGAGUUCUGGAGUUCACCUCGGAGGAGGGUUUUGUAUAUAUCCCUACUUGGAUGAUGGAGGUUAUGAAGAUUGAAGAAUAUGAUACAAUAAACCUCAAGAAUGUAAGUUUGAUGAAAGCAGAGCACACGAAGUUGCAGCCACACAUUCAAGAUUUCUUGGAGCUCUCUGAUCCAAAAGCUGUUCUCGAAACAAGUCUGAGAAACUUUUCUUGUUUAACCACUGGAGCUACCAACAUGAUCGAGCACAACAAGAAGAAGCUUUAUAUUGAUAUACUGGAAACGAAACCUUCUCCUGCUGUAUGCAUGAUUGACACAGACUGUGAGGUUGAUUUUGCGCCACCUUUGGACUAUAAAGAGCCUGAAAAACGAAUGAAGAAGGUGUUUGAGCCUUCCAAAGUUCCAGUUAAGCCAAUUCUUGAGGAAGAAGAAAAGUUUAAGGCUGUUAUACCAUCUACUAUUAGUGAUAAAACGAGUCGCUUGGUGCAAAAAGAGGAGUUGCUUGCGGUAGAAGGCAAAAGUAUGUACUCGGAGGGGCCUAAGCAAGGUAAAGCUGCAGGAAAACUUGUGUUUGGUUCCAGGUUUCAGAAAGAAAAAGCAGAAGCGUCUGUGAAAGAGGAAAUCAAACAAGAAGAAACAGUCAGGAGUUCAGAGAAGUUUCAAUCAUUUACCGGGAAAAGUUACAGGCUGACACGCUGAUUAAUUAGCUUUCUUUCUUUUUUUUCAUUAUUAAUUACUAAUUAAAAGAGAAUAAUCAAAUUUGUUAUUUAGAAUUUUAUCAUAUAUUAAGAGAACAACUGUUUUUGGUGCCCCAGAAUCAAGACCGUUAUUAAGACUCUGUAUACAUCUAAAUUAUAAAUUUAUCCCAUAUAUUUAUUUUGAUGUAA